GGCGGGCGGAAGCCGGAUGCUAAGGUGCGGGUUUGGGGAAGAACCCCGCGGUGUGGGCCUAAGGAAAAGCGUGGUGGUUAGAGUUCCGAAGCCCAGCGGGCUGGUGCCAAGGUAACUGGAGCGCCGGCAGCUCUCGGAGGCUCUAGUUCCCUUACGGCGGGCGCCGGGCGGCCCUCGCCGCUGGUUUCCCCGGCAUGCACAGGCACCCGGGGGGCGGCUGUGGGCCUGGGGGCUCGGAAUGACCCUCCCGCUCGCCCGCUACGCGCUCCGGUGGCAGGGACCGCCCGGAGGCCGUGCCUUGUCCCGCGCCGUCAUGGAGGUGGCCUUCCGAGGCGUGCGGAAAGUCCUCUGUGUGGCCGAGAAAAACGACGCGGCCAAGGGGAUCGCCGACCUGCUGUCCAGCGGUCGCAUGAGGCGGAGAGAAGGACUUUCUAAAUUCAACAAAAUCUACGAAUUCGAUUAUCAUCUAUAUGGCCAGAAUGUUACCAUGAUAAUGACUUCGGUUUCUGGACAUUUGCUGGCUCAUGAUUUCCAGAUGCAGUUUCGAAAAUGGCAGAGCUGCAACCCCCUUGUCCUCUUUGAAGCAGAAAUUGAAAAGUACUGCCCAGAGAAUUUUGUAGACAUCAAGAAAACUCUGGAACGAGAGACACGGCAGUGCCAGGCUCUGGUGAUCUGGACUGACUGUGAUAGAGAAGGUGAAAACAUUGGAUUUGAGAUCAUCCAUGUGUGCAAGGCUGCGAAGCCCAGUCUGCAGGUGUUGCGAGCCCGUUUCUCUGAGAUCACGCCCCGUGCCAUCAGGAUGGCCUGUGAAAACCUGGCAGAGCCUGAUCAGAAAGUGAGCGACGCUGUGGAUGUGAGGCAGGAGCUGGAUCUGAGAAUAGGAGCUGCCUUCACCAGGUUCCAGACACUGCGGCUGCAGAGGAUUUUCCCUGAGGUGCUGGCAGAGCAGCUCAUCAGUUACGGCAGCUGCCAGUUCCCCACGCUGGGCUUUGUGGUGGAGAGGUUCAAAGCCAUCCAGGCUUUUGUGCCAGAGGUCUUCCACAGGAUUAAAGUAACUCAUGACCACAAAGAUGGCAUCGUAGAAUUCAACUGGAAAAGGCAUCGACUCUUUAACCACACAGCUUGUCUUGUCCUCUAUCAGUUGUGUAUGGAGGAUCCUUUGGCAACCGUGGUGGAGGUCAGAUCUAAGCCCAAGAGCAAGUGGCGGCCUCAAGCUUUGGACACUGUGGAGCUUGAGAAGCUGGCUUCUCGCAAGUUGAGAAUAAACGCUAAAGAAACCAUGAGAAUUGCUGAAAAGCUCUACACUCAAGGGUACAUCAGCUAUCCCCGGACGGAAACAAACAUUUUCCCCAAAGACUUAAACCUGACAGCGUUGGUGGAACAGCAAACCCCAGAUCCACACUGGGGAGCCUUUGCCCAGAGCAUUCUGGAUCGAGGCGGCCCCACCCCACGCAAUGGGAACAAGUCUGACCAAGCUCACCCUCCCAUCCACCCCACUAAAUACACCAGCAGCCUGCAGGGAGAUGAACAGCGACUGUAUGAGUUUAUCGUUCGCCAUUUCCUGGCUUGCUGCUCCCAGGAUGCUCAGGGGCAGGAGACCACUGUAGAGAUUGAUAUUGCUCAGGAACGCUUUGUGGCCAGCGGCCUCAUGAUUCUGGCCCGAAACUAUCUGGACGUAUAUCCAUAUGAUCGCUGGAGUGACAAGAUCCUCCCUGUCUAUGAGCAAGGCUCCCACUUUCAGCCCAGCACUGUGGAGAUGGUGGAUGGGGAGACCAGCCCGCCCCAGCUGCUCACUGAGGCCGACCUCAUCGCCCUCAUGGAGAAGCACGGCAUUGGUACUGAUGCCACACACGCCGAGCACAUCGAGACCAUCAAAGCCCGGAUGUACGUGGGGCUCACCCCAGACAAGCGGUUCCUCCCUGGGCACCUUGGCAUGGGACUUGUGGAAGGGUAUGAUUCCAUGGGCUAUGAGAUGUCUAAGCCUGACCUCCGGGCUGAGCUGGAAGCUGAUCUGAAGCUGAUCUGUGAGGGCAAGAAGGACAAAUUGGUGGUUCUGAGGCAGCAGGUGCAGAAAUACAAGCAGGUUUUCAUUGAAGCAGUGGCUAAAGCGAAGAAAUUGGACGAGGCCUUGGCCCAGUACUUUGGGGAAGGGGCAGAGGUGGGCCAGCUGGAAGAGAUCUACCCAACCAUGCUGGAGCCCAUCAGGAAGUGCCCACAGUGCAACAAGGACAUGGUCCUCAAGACCAAGAAGAGUGGCGGGUUCUACCUCAGCUGCACGGGUUUCCCGGAGUGUCGAACAGCCAUGUGGUUUCCCGACUCGGUACUGGAGGCCAGCAGGGACGGCAGCAUGUGUCCUGUCUGUCAGCCACAGCCCGUGUACAGGUUGAAGUUUAAGUUUAAGCGUGGUAGCCUUCCCCCAACCAUGCCUCUGGAGUUUGUUGGCUGUGUCGGCGGAUGUGAUGAAACCCUGAGGGAGAUCUUAAACCUAAGAUUUUCACGGGGCCCCCCCAGAGCUAGCCAGCCCUCUGGCCACUUGCAGGCUAGCCAGUCCCUGAACAGGAUGGAUGGCAGCCAGCACAGCCACCCACAACCUCCCGGCAACAGACAGACUGGGCCCUCAAAGGCUCUGGCCCAGCUCCUCCCCCCACCCACUGGUGCGGGUGAAAGCAACUCCGUGACCUGCAACUGUGGCCAAGAGGCCGUGCUGCUCACUGUCCGUAAGGAGGGCCCCAACCAGGGCCGGCAGUUCUAUAAGUGCAAUGCGGGUAGCUGCAACUUCUUCCUGUGGGCGGACAGCGGCCAUCCGGAAGCAGGAGGGCCUCCUGCCCCAGCGUCAAGACCCCCAGGCGGCUCUCUGGGACGCCUGCCAGGCUCAGGGAGCCACCUGGGUGGGUUUGGCAGCCCUGGUGAUGGCAGUGGUGGUGGCACAUCCUGCCUGUGCAGCCAACCCACCGUCACACGGACCGUGCAAAAGGAUGGGCCCAACAAGGGGCGCCAGUUCCAUACAUGUGCCAAGCCGAGAGAGCAGCAGUGCGGCUUCUUCCAGUGGGUCGACGAGAACGUGGCACCAGGGACUUUGGGAGCCCCACCGUGGCCAGGAGGGAGAGGAAGAACCGAGGGGCCAGAAGCCAGAAGCAAAAGACCCCGGGCCAACUCCUCAGACCCAGCGUCUACAGCUAAGAAACCCCGGAAGUGCAGCCUUUGCCACCAGCCUGGACACACUCGUCCUUUCUGUCCUCAGAACAGAUGAGGGCAGGGUAGGGUAGUGAGGGCCAGUUUCUCAGACCUGCCUCCGGCCCCCUAAUGAGUUAACCAGGACCAGGUGGCCGUUCGUUGUCUUGCGAAGGUCAGCGCUACUGGACAGGGGCCCUCUGCCCAGGGCUCAGGAAUGACCGUACCCACUGCUGAGAAGUCACACAUCUGCUUCCUGUGACCCUCUGCCCCAAGGAUAGUCACUAGUUAGGCAGGUCACAGUUAGCAGUAGACACUGGUGCAAAGCAAGAAGUGCCCCAGCUACUUAGGAGGCUGGGGUGGGAGGGUUGCUUCGUGAGCCCAGGAGUUUGAAACCAGCCAGGGGAACAUAGUGAGACCCUGUCUCAAAAAAACAAAAAGAGGCUUCCUUCCCUUGCAGAACCCCUGAGUGAGCAGCCAGCACUGGGCAGGCUCUGGAAAGCCUGGACAUCCCGAGGAGGAGGGUGUAACACAGGGAAGUAGCCCUUGUUCUGCCUGCAGAAGCAGCUUCAUUCCCUUUUCACCUAAAAGCCGGGACUCCAGAGUCCGUGUGCCUCAAGAAAGAAUUCAGCCCUGCACUCUGCCCAGUGACAGUACAGAGCAUCCAGGGGACGUUUGCAGGAGUGACGGGCACGAACGCCGGCCAGUGCUACAGGGAGCUCUCACCCUCGGGCCUUUCACAAGCCACUGUUCUGGUGGUCCCCUGCCAGCCCACCUGUCCGUAUGGCAAGCACUGAGCCUGCCUUCUUUCCACCUCACAGUUUGUCCCUUGGUGCUGAGAAAAUGCCCAAGGCGAGACUCAGAACACUAACUUCCCGUUGCCCGUGCUCCAGUGGUGCUCAUGGUCCUUGUUCGCCUUCACAAGAACAUUAUGAAUAACGUACAGCCUCAUGGGCUCUGUUGUACGGUUUAGGAGAUGAGCAGAGAGGAGGUGCGACUUGGUCAGAAACUGGAACUGUUCUCUGGUCUUGGGAUUCUCUGCCCAUACCCUCCAGUGAGACCAGCGGCUGUGUCCUGGCUGCCGUCUGGGAGGAAUUUUUACAAGUGCAAAUUCUUGGAAUUGUUCCUGGAGCAUCUCAGCCAGUGGUGUGGGUCAUGGCCCUGCAUUCGUGGGCUUUUGCCCUCCCAGCCCCCAGCAACCACCAGUCUACUUUUUGUCUUCCAUCUAUCAGUUUUUGGGACAUUUCGGUUGUGUCUGCCUUUUGGCUGUUGUGAAUAGUGUUUCUGUGAACAUAUAUAGGAGUGUUUGAUUAUUUUCAGUUAUUUUGGGCAUAUGCCUAGGAGUAGACUUGCUGGGUUAUAUGGUAACUCCAUGUUUUAACAUCGUAAUGCACCACCAAACUGUUGCACGGUGGCUGCGCCAUUUUACACUCACCAGCCGUGCGCGCAGAUCCUCAUCAACAGUGUUAUUUGUUUUUUUUGUAUCAUAGCCAUCCUGGUCGGUGAGAAGUGGCAUCUCAUUAUGGUUUUGACUUGCAUUUAUCUAGUGACAUUGACCAUUUCUUCAUGGGCUUACUACUAGCCAUUGGUAUAUAUUCUUUGGAGAAAUGUCUAUUUGAAUCCUUUACCCAUUUUUAAAUUGGGUCAUUUUGCGUUUUUGUCGUUGAGUUGUAGGAGUUCUUCAUAGACUCUGGACACCAGGUGCAUUUGUGGUGUUUCCACAGGUAACUCCUUUGUGUGCCAAGACCACGGACUGCAGGAUUGGGCUGCACCAUGGAAAGGGCCGGGCCUCUAAGGUUGGACAGACCCAGGCUUGGCCCCCAACUCCCCUGGCCCAGUCUGCUACCCUAGGCAUGGGCCUUUGUCCCUGGAGCCUCAGUGGCGUGUCUGCAAUGGGGUGUUCUUAUUCAGCUGUGAGGCUCUCUGGUGGGAGGUUACAGUCGGCUCAGUUGCAAUUAAAACUUCGCAAAUGAAGCCUGCCUGCACGGUCAGGUUAGCAGCAUGCGGUGCAACAGGAGAUUGCCCCCCCAGUUAACUGGAAGUUUGGGGUUUUUUUUUUUUCUACUCACCCACUCAUUCACCCACUCACUGACUGGAGGUUUUUGACCCUCGUGUUGAACCCCAUCUCCUGCAGCUUGUGCAAUGCAAGACCAAGAAGAAAAUGAUACGCAUUCCCCGCCUUGCUGGGCCCGACCAAGAUUGGGCACUGGGCAAGGAGUCUCAUGAUUUCAGCCUCCUGGCUGCCUGCAGGACAGCAUCUGUCAUUUUAUGGAGGAAACCAAGGUUCUGGUGGGUUAAGUGCCUUCCCCUACCAAGCAUCUAAGCUGGCCUUGAAACCUAGUGCCAGCCAGCCACUCCCCUGGAGCUAGGGCCAAUGUGCCCAGCAGCGCUGGUGCCCACACCUGAAGAUGCCAGCUGCCAUGACACCAGGCAGAGACCCCCACUGUCCUCUGGGGUGAAUUCACCACCUGCUUUUCCUAGAAUGCAGCCAAGAACUUGGGGUGUUCACAUUCAGCUGGAUUUUGUUCAGUGUCCAGGUGUCUCGGACUAGAACACAAGGUGGCCCCGGUUCAGCUUGCUCACCUGGGUCUUAGACCGCCAGCCCACACACUGGGAGAGCAUCAGUGCCUGCAAUCUGAGCCUGGAAAGUUCCUGCAGAAGUCCAUGCAAGCGAGUGACCCUGUGAGUCUGGCCUCCCUGCCUGCCAGAGGCCUCAGCCCGCUGAACUAGCUGGGCCAGAUGUCUCGGGAAGUGGCGAGUGGUGCAGAGAUGAUCGGGAGCGUUGGCCAGUCAUGGGUGCUUGCCUUCUGAUAGGCUUGGGUUUUGUCCACUACAACCUUAGCUUCCUCAAUAAAUUGGGUAGGUUUUUUUUUUUAA